AUGUCCCCCGAGGAGCUCGCUGCCCUGCUCUGCGGGGAGGGGGACCAGCACCUCGCCCAGCAGGACCUGCCCACAGCCACUGCCUUCUACCUGGCUGCCUUCAGCUGCUGUGCCCCCACAGCAGAGCAGAGGGUGACCCGCAUGGACAGCAGGCUCCGGGAGCAGGUCAUAGCCACUCUGGAGAGCUGGUGCCAAGGCAAGGGGCAGAUUCCCAGGAUCCAGAGCAGGAACCUGGCCGUCGUGUCCCUCAGUGUGGGAAUAGCUGCCAUCUUCCUCUCCGCCCUGAGCCCCAACAACGUGGUGUCCUCUCUGUACGAGCUGGAGGCCCUGCUGCGGCGAGGGCGCCCAGAGGAGGUGGUGAGGAGAUGCAAUGUCCUGCUCCAGGCUGGCCCGGGGUGCCCCAUGGAGCUGCUGCUGCUCAGGGCCUUGGCGUGGGUGCUGUCGGGCACAGGGCUCAGGGAGGGGGUGGCAGGGUAUGUCCAAGCCUUCGUGCUGCACGGGGCCGAGGCGGUGGCCCAUGUGUGCAGCAGGCAAGGGGAGCACCUGCCACAGGUCAUCCAGGCCUUCUCCAGCUACCUCUCAGCGUGCCAGAAGGAAAGCCCAGACUGCAGUUCCUUGGAGCAGUGGCUGGGCAACUGCUAUGGCUUCCUGGCUGCAGUGGCACCGGGGGAUGUCUGGGUGUGCAGGCUGCAGGCAGCUCACCUCCUAAAACAGGGCAAAUUCCAGGAGUGUGUAGCCCUUUGUACCAAGGCCCUCGAGGGCUUCUCAGCUGGUCAGCUCAGAGAUGAGGCAGUUUUGGGUCUGCUCUUGGAACGGGCUGCUGCCUAUUUCUCCCUGGGUGGACGGAUGCAGGAAAUGAUGCAGGAUUUAGCAGAAGCCUUUGCUGCAAACCCUGCCCAGGCCAGGGGACACUUUGAAGAGCUUUUCUCGCAGCGUGACACCGAGAAGAUUGAAGAGCAGGCUAGAACCAUCCUGGAGGGGAAGUUUGCAGCGUACAGGGAGGCUGUGCGUGCUCGCACCGAGCUCAGGGGCAAUCGUGGAGCUGAACUGCUCCCUCCUGUCAUCCAGACGAUCCAGCUCCUCCUGCAGCUCUGCCCGGGGUCCCAGAGGGAGCUCAGUGUCCGGCUGGCAGAGUGCCAGCUCCUGCAGGGCCACCCCGGGGCUGCCCUGGGCAUCUGUGACCAGCUCCUGGCAGCGGAGCAGAGGACUUACCACAACACCCUGCUGGCACUGCGAGGGUUCUGCUCCCUCCAUGCCCAGGACCACCAGCAGGCCCUGCAGGACUUUCAGAAGGUCAUUGAGCACGAUUCCCCACAUCCCAACAGCUGCAUUAAAGCCUUGUGUGGCCGUGGGCUCAUCCGCAUUGCUGGGGGCAGCUCUUACCUGACAGCCCUGGAUUACAUCACAGCCUGCCAGUUAAAGCUGGAAGAAACCAUCUUCACCAUCAAGUCCUACGUGCCAUGGAACCAAAGGGGACUGCUGCUGAAAGUUCUCCAAGAGGAAGGACAGAGGAUGCUCCAGAAGAAGAGGUACCCAGGGGGCAGUUCGGUUCAUUUUCAGAAAAACAACAGCGCUGGGCAGAUUCCUCACCUUGAAGGUGAUGCCCCUGGGGUUUUCCAGCUGGCCUGUCUCUUGGUGGAGCUGGACACUGCUGAUGAGGCCUCCAGGAUCCUCUGUGCUGAUGCCCUGUACCAGAUGGGCCGUGGAGAAGAAGCCCACAGGCUGCUCUUGCUUGCCCUCUCCAGAAACCCCCAAAGGGCUCCUGUCCUGGCCAGGCUGGCACUGCUGCAGCUGAAGAAAGGGUUUGUGUGUGAUGGAAACCAGCUGCUACAGAGAGUGAUCAGGACUGGAGAUACCUCCUGCCUCCUGCCCAUCAUGGACAUUUUCCAGGCUGAGGACAGGAAGCUGAUGCAAACCCACUGCCAUUUCCAAGCACUGGCCAUCCUGGAGAGCCAACAGGAGGAUGUUCACAUCAAAGAGGCCAUUGCCUACCUGUCCUGUGCAAUUAUUGCUGCAGGUGGUGGUGCUGGGGAUUGUCUCCUCAGCAGGGCUCGGUGCUACGGGCGCCUGGGGCAGAUGAAAACUGCUAUUUUUGACUUCAAUGCCAUCCUGAAGGAGGACCCCGGGAACGUGCAGGCUCUGAGCGGCCGAGGGCUCGUUUUCCUCGCUCUGAGGCAGCAGAAGGAGGCAGUGCAAGAUCUGAUCUCGGCACUGAAGGUGGAGGCAGGAGCAGUGAUCCCAGCAAUCCUGUCCCUGAAGGGUGAAGCCCAAGAGCUGCUCACUGGGUGGCUCCUCCAGCACGGCAGGGCUGCGCUGACCCAGCUCGUGGCCACCAGAGACACCUCAAAGGGAGAAACCCUCAGGGACCUCCUGGUGAUUGCAGGAGCACUGAUCAGAAUCUGCAAGGCUGCACAGUAUCACAUCUUCUACACAGAUGUUCUGAUUGCAAGUGGGAGGUGUGAGGAGGCCCUGACCCACCUCCAGGCAGCCUUUGGCCACUGCCCCCCUGAGGACUCUGCCAGGGCACGACUGGCUGUGCUGCAGCUGAAGAGGAGACACGUGGCAGGAGCAGCUCACUCGCUCAGUGCCCUGGCCCAGAGAGAUGAAAGGGAGCUGGAAUUUCUCCUGAGCUUCGUGGACACCAAGCAGCAGCAGCAGCUCGCUCAGGUGGCAGCCCAGCAGGGCCAGGUGCUGCUGGAAGGGCAGCAGUACGAGAAGGCCCUGGGGUUCCUGUCCCUGGCCGUGGUGGCCGGCGGGGCCUGCCCGCGCUCCCUGCGCCGCAGGGCCGAGUGCCUCGGGCUGCUGGGGCAGCACCAGCGGGCCCUGGCAGACAUGGACACCGUGAUCCAGGGGCACGGCGGGCACAGCCCGAGGACGCGGGCGCGGGAUCUGUGCUCCAGGGGCCUGCUGCUGCUGGCCAUGGGGCAGGAGGAGGCGGCGGUCCAGCAGUACUGUGCAGGCCCGGGCUGGACCGGCCCGCGCGGCCCUGGGCAGCAUCGCCGAGCGCCCCGGCAGCCAGGCCUUGGCCAGGGCCUUCCACAGCACGGCACGGCACAGCCUCCGAACGCGGCGGUUCCGAGAGGCCUGGGAGCUCACGGACUGCGGGCUGCAGAUUGA